UGCCUCUGCCGCUCGCUUCUUUCAAGUUUCUUCACUCUUCUCCCUUUCUCUCUCUCUCUCUCUCUUCAUUUCAAAAACUCAACUCACUGUCUCUCACACAAACAGUCUCAACCGACUCACCACCUCUCUUUCCGGUAAAUCUGUCGGACUGCCGGACCUCUUAUUCCGUCCCUUGAACCAUGACGGUGUUCUCCGGAAAACAGGUGUUUCCGUUAAACUUCGAGGCGGAGGUCUCUCAGAGGCUCAUUGAAGCCUCUCACUCUGGAGAUCUCAAAUCGGCUCUCGACUGCAUUGCCAAUCCUUGCGUCGACGUUAACUUCGUCGGUGCUGUGUAUCUCAAGAACAGGAAGACUGAGGUGGUGUUCAGUGAUGAAUCCGCCUCGCAAGUCCGCGUCGAGUAUGAUGAGUUCAAAACUGACGUGACGGCCUUGUUCGUCGCUGUUCAUACAGGAAAUGUGGCUCUUGUGAAGAAAUUGCUGAGCGUUGGAGCUGAUGUGAACCAGAAACUGUUCAGGGGCUUUGCGACAACAGCAGCAGUGAGGGAGGGCCAUCUUGAGAUACUCGAGAUUUUGCUCAAGGCUGGGGCAUCUCAGCCAGCUUGCGAGGAAGCUCUUUUGGAGUCGAGCUGCCACGGACAUGCAAAGUCUGCAGAGCUGCUCAUGGGAUCAGAUCUGAUUCGACCCCAUAUUGCAGUUCACGCUCUUGUGACUGCAUCUUGCAGGGGUUUCGUUGAUGUGGUGGACACCCUAUUGAAGUGUGGCGUGGAUGCAAAUGCAACUGAUAGAGUGCUACUCCAGUCCUCGAAGCCUUCUCUCCAUACAAAUGUCAACUGUACAGCGCUAGUCGCUGCAGUAGUUAGUCGGAAGAUCUCAAUUGUUCAUUUUCUUCUUCAGGCUGGAGCUCAGACUGAUAUUAGCGUAAGGUUGGGAGCAUGGUCUUGGGAUAUGGAUACUGGAGAGGAGUUCCGAGUAGGUGCAGGACUGGCAGAACCUUAUAAUGUUACCUGGUGUGCAGUGGAGUAUUUUGAAAGCAGUGGUGCUAUCCUGCACAUGCUUCUUCGACAUACGUCUCCCAAUGUUCUUCACUAUGGAAGAACUCUCAUCCAUCAUGCUAUUCUUUGUGGCAACGCAGGAGCUGUUGAUGUCCUUUCUAAAUGUGGGGCUGAUGUUGAAUUCCCUGUCAAAACGACCGGAAAAAUAGAAUUUCGUCCAUUGCACAUGGCUGCUCGAUUGGGGAAUGUAGCAGUCCUUCAAUGUCUCAUCAAUGGUGGUUGUGAUCCAAACUCAAGGACAGAUUCAGGGGAUACAGCACUUAUGAUAUGUGCAAAACACAAGUACGAAGAAUGUCUAAAAGUAUUGGGUGCAGCUGGUUCUGACUUUGGCUUGGUUAAUGUUGCUGGUCAGUCCGUGAGUUCAAUUGCUGGCUCAAAUCAGUGGACCUUCGGUUUUCAAGAAACCGUGAUUGAUUUGAUAAAAACUGGAAAAAGACCAAUUUCCAGCAAUAUGUCUAUCUUCUGUCCACUUAUAUUAGCAGCUCAAACUGGUGAUACUGAAGCCUUGAAAGCUUUGAUUGGCUGGGGGGGAUGUGAUCUAGAUUACCAGGACGAUCAGGGUUUUACAGCAGUCAUGUUUGCUGCUUUGAAUGGUCAUGCUGAAGCGUUCCGGUUGCUAGUUUAUGCUGGUGCUGAUGUAAGGCUGAGCAAUAAAUCUGGUGAAACUGCAAUCACCCUGUAUCAAUCUCACCCAAAUCACGACCAAUUUGAGAAGGUGAUGCUUGAAUUCGCCCUUGACAUGGGAAACCGCAACGCAGCCGGUUUCUAUGCCUUGCAUUGUGCUGCAAGACAUGGAGACUUGGACGCAGUGAAGUUUUUGACAAACAAAGGCUACGAUGUUAAUGCAACAGACAGUGAUGGCUACACUCCACUCAUGUUAGCUGCAAGGGGUGGCCAUGGAUCGAUGUGUAAACUUUUGAUCUCUCUUGGUGCCCGUGCAGAUACACGAAGUACAAGAGGCGAAACUGCACUCUCUCUUGCAAGGAAAAAUGAGAAGAGUGAAGCAGAGGAAGUGAUACUAGAUGAGCUAGCGCGUGGGCUGGUGUUACAUGGUGCUCAUGUAAAGAAACACACCAGAGGAGGAAAAGGAAGUCCACAUGGGAAAGAGUUGAGAAUGAUUGGGAGCAUGGGGAUGUUACGGUGGGGGAAGUCGAGCAGCAGGAAUGUGGUAUGUCGAGAGGUCGAGAUCGGGUCAAGCUUGAGAUUCGUGAAGAACAGAGUUAAGAAGGGAGAUGGUAGUGAACCAGGAUUGUUCAGGGUGAUGACUGUGAAGAACAAGGAAGUGCAUUUUGUAUGCGAAGGAGGAUGUGAAAUGGCUGAGUUGUGGGUGAGAGGCAUCAGGCUAGUGACAAGAGAGGCCAUAAUUGGGGAGCGAAAGGAAAUUUGAAGAGUGAAAGAGAUUUUGUAGUGAAUGUAUAUAAUCCGUUGUUUAAGGUGUACUUCAUCUCGAAGUACAUAUUUUUCUUCUCUCUUUGAAUCAAGGUUAGCAAUUGUUGUAAAUAUUUCCUCGUCUAUUAUAAUAGAUAGAAAAGAAGUU